AGAAACCAUCGUUGUGAUGCGGUUUGACAUGUCUCAGAGUGAGCGGAAGCAUGUCGUUAGCCUCUGUCAAGACGAGCCGUGGAGGAGAAGGUUCGAGAAGUCCAACGCCGUGUGCAUCGAGCUGCUGCACAAGGAAGCUAAAGUAGGAGAGACGAGUGAGAGUUUGGAGGAGACGGCGGCAGUCUCUGGCCUACAGUGCAACGUUGAGAGGGCAGUGAAGAAGCUGAUGGCUCUGUCCAAGUCUGGCGAGCAGGAGCGGGGAUCUAACGGCCAUUCUCCAGCCACUGGUGAGUCUUCGGUGAGAAACAGGCGAUCUCAGUCCAGAGAGGUCGAACUCGAUGCUGACCAAGGGAUGGAAGCUAACCCCACCCCCACCAAGUUGUUCAGCAAAGAUUCUCCUGUACUGGAUAUCAACGGGCUGUUUGACCCGAGCCGGAUACGAAGGCUUCCUCCAGAGAAGGCUGACGGUCAAGACCCAGUGAUCAAGAAAGAGAUGCAGGUGCCGGCAAGCCUGAUUGGCCCGGUGAUAAUAGGUAGAAAACACAUGAAACUUCGCUCGUUAGAAGCUGGAACAGGGACAAGCAUUUUUGUGCCCAGGAAAGGAGAUUGUGGCGAAGAGCUGCAGCGACUCGUCGUGUCGGGAGAUCAUGAAGAACGAGUAGACAACGCCAUCUCAAUCAUCAAGAAUCUGGUCUUGACUGCGUGGAGUCGGAACUCACUGGGCUCACCUAGUAGCUCAAGCACUGAGGCUACCGUCGGCGGCGAGCAUGCCGGAAUGGCUCGAGUCAUGCCGCAUUGAUGAGUGAGUCCGACUGAGCCUUCAGCAAGGGGCCUUAUCAUGACAUUGCCUCCGAUUGAAUGAAAGUUUCAAGGGCCCGAG